AUAAAGGAGGCGUGGUCACAGCCGGCAACGGCAAGUCCGACUUUGGGCAUCGGUGGUAGUAAUCAUCUGAAAGCAAUUUUAGAACCAUGGACCUGCUGAACAAAUCAUUUUUGGCCGGAAUUGGUUGUGGCGCCUGUCUCGUGUGGCUGCUAAUGAGGAGAACUACCACGACGAGUUCAGGAAACCCCAAAAAACCAAUCGAGCUUGGACCAGAGGUCGAGGAGGAGAGCUCAGACGAUGAUGGUGACUGCAAGUUGGUUGUCGUGGUCCGCACCGACCUUAAAAUGGGCAAAGGAAAAAUUGCUGCUCAGGUUUCGCAUGCGGCUGUUGCGGCGUACAAGCAGGCUAAGCGUUGGAACCCAGACGUAUUGAGGAACUGGGAGCAGAGUGGACAGGCUAAGGUUACUCUAAAGGUGUCCAGUGAGGAGCAGUUGCGCGAAAUAGCCAAAGUUGGACGGUUAAACGGCCUCGGGGUGAGCCUUAUCCAGGACCAGGGACGCACACAGAUUGCGCGUGGCUCGACUACUGUUCUCGGCAUUGGCCCCGCUUCCAGUUCUAUUAUUGACAAAGUGACUGGACACUUGUCUCUCUUGUGAAAUCAUUUGAUCAACUAUUUAAAUUGUAAUAACUGUGGGAUUUAAAAGAUUCAUUCGUAAUUAAUAA